CCGUUUUGCUCAUCUAAUUAAUUAAAAAGUUCUCAGCAAGGGAGGUGGGAGGUUUAAAACGGAAGAGGGCGGUGACUCGAUUCUCCUCGGACGCCCCGGAGAUCCCGGUUCAGUGUCCUCCAAAUCUCUCGUCUCUUUUCUUUCAUCUCUUCAUCUCUUCUCUCUUCCAAGCGAGUCAUACAUCCGCUUCCAUGAAAGGAAACAAAGGGAGAUCGACCCUCGUGGUCCUGGGGAGGACCAAGCUUGGCCUCCCCGCCGUGCUCCUCUUCUGCUCCCUCUUUUGCCUCGCCGGCUUCUUCGGAUCCAUUCUCCUUUCCCAGAAUAUUCCGGUUGGUGGAGUGCCGCGGGUGAGGGUGCUGGAGGAGCUCGAGGAAGAGGGGGAAUGGCGGGCCAUGGCCCACGGGGAGACUGGUGAAUCUAUGAUCUCAUCGAUCCCGUUUCAGGUUUUGAGCUGGAAACCUCGUGCAUUAUAUUUUCCAGAAUUUGCAACAGCAGAACAGUGUCAGGCUGUAAUGCGAAUCACAAAGUCAAAGCUUAGGCCAUCAACAUUGGCGCUACGGAAAGGAGAAACUGAAGAGAACACUAAAGGAAUAAGAACAAGUUCUGGCACUUUCAUCAGUGCAUCGGAAGAUCCAACUAGAGUCUUGGACUAUAUUGAACGAAAAAUUGCUAGGGCUACAAUGAUCCCAAGAGACCACGGGGAGUCAUUCAAUGUCUUGCGCUAUGAGAUUGGGCAGAGGUAUGCUGCACAUUAUGAUGCAUUCAACCCAUCUGAAUAUGGUCCGCAGAAGAGCCAGAGGGUAGCUUCUUUCUUACUGUACUUAUCGGAUGUUGAAGAAGGGGGAGAAACUAUGUUUCCUUUUGAGAAUGGAUUAAAUAUGGACAUUGGUUAUGAUUAUGAGAAGUGCAUUGGUUUGAAGGUGAAACCACGCCAAGGGGAUGGUCUUUUAUUUUAUUCGCUGUUUACAAAUGGCACAAUUGACCCAACAUCACUUCACGGUAGCUGUCCGGUGAUUAAAGGUGAGAAAUGGGUGGCGACAAAGUGGAUCAGAGAUCGCACUAAAGAGCUAAUGUAAUUUUUACCAUAUGCUUCAAUUUUAGAGAAUCUCUCCCCCUUUUUUUCCGCAGUCAUGUGUUUAAAUUUAUAUGUUCACAAUGUAUGGGCAUCUUGGCGUAUUAAAUGUAACUUAUAGAAAAGCCACUGAUUUGGAAGAGUAAAAUCCUGUCAAUAUCCAAUUUAAAUAUGAAAUCUCCCCAUCUGAAUCAAA